GACCGGGUUAGCCGUUGGUAAUGCUAAGGCCUUUCGAAGCUAACACAAGCUAGCCACAAAACAGGUCAUAAUAACCUCCUUUGUCUCAAAGGCUGGGUUGUUUUUAGUCCGCAUGCUGUCUCGCAAACAGAAGCGGGUGUGGAAAUACGUGGAGGAGGGCAGUCUGCUCAAACUGAAGUCGUAUUUGCGGAAGCACCGGGACCUGGAUGUGAACUUCUCCCAGGGUAAGAGGCAGAGGAGCCCGCUGCACCUGGCCUGCUGCCUGGGAGACGACGCUGUGCUGCGGCUGCUGCUCAAACACGGAGCCGAUGUCCUCCAGAGGGACCGUAAAGGAGACACGGUGUUACACAUCGCAGUCAACCGGGCUCUGAAACACGGGAAAACAGCAUAUGAUGACCUGGUUGUGCCUCUGAAAAAGAGCUGCCCAGAAAGUUUGAAUGUUCCCAACAGUGCAGGAGUUACACCUCAAGACCUGCUGAACUGGAGGAAACAAACAAAGACUGCAGAAAACAUGAACCGUCCAUCUGAAAGAGACCCAGAGAAGGAGUGGCUGGAAAAGCUGUUCGGUGAAUGCGAGGAUGAAUUCUCUGAAACUUUUGGAGUAUAUGACGCUGAUGAUUUUCUUCCGGUAGACGAUGAUGAGGAAGACUUUGGGGACUGGGCCGACCGCAUUAGAAGACAAUAUUUUGAUAAAAAGCACGCUGAAGCUCAAAGACUGGCAGCGUCGUCUUCUGGGUGGAAAAAACGGAAGAGUAAACAAGAGAGAGAGCAGGAAGAGAAAAGCAACAAGGAGCUGCAUGAGAAGCUGCAGAGGGAACAUGAAGAGUAUCUGGCACGAGCAGCACGUAAAGAGGAAGAGACUCGGCAGGGCAAGAAGCGCAGGUACGAUGAAAGGUGUGCAGCUACUUUUAAUGGUGGCUCCUCAUCAGGUGUCACAAAGCUGAGCUACAGCGACAUCCCCUGGCCAGCUGCACAAGGCACAGUGCAGGAGAUGGUGGACGUGAUGCUGCACGGCGUGGACAGGAAGGACGUGCCUGUGUUUCGGAAAAUGCUCCGGAAGCAGCAAGCUCUGUGGCAUCCUGAUAAAUUUGCUCAGCGAUGCGAAGCUCGGUUAGAGGAGAAGGACAAACAGCGGAUCCUGGAUACAGUCACUGCUCUGUCACAGGAGCUCAACAGACUGGCCCAGAGUCUGAGGACUUAAAACUUAGCAACUAGUCUAAUAUUAUUAUGUGCUUUUAUGGAAAACUCUGUACACAAAAUUAAUUAUUUUAAUGCAAAAGAACCAACAAAUUCAGCACACUGUCUCACAACCUUUUGUUUCAUCUUCAGAUCUUCAUCAGGUCAAAUUCAUACAGACACACCAGCACCAGUAUGCAAAUGUAAACGUUGCCUGAUGGGGAAAACACAAAGCAGAAGGUGUGCUUUUGCAUUUAUACAAAUUUAAGGAGAUGGUAUCAGGUGGCUUCAGGUUUCACAGUCUGACAUGUGAGCGUGAGGGUUAAAGGCCUUGUUUAGCACUAGUGGUGCUAACAAUACUAGCAAGAUUUAUCUUGCUAGUCUGAGGCUUCAAGCUACCUUUAACCUUUAAGGACACCACUGCCCUUUUAAUUAGACUACAACCAUGCUUCUGAUGUCUGUAGUGUUGGGAAGUGUAAGCCAUUUGAGACAAAAUAAUUUAAAUAUUUGCCAGCUGACAUUUUCCUGAAAUAUGAGUGUGGAGCUUGCCGUAUUGGAACAUCAGAGAUGGUACCCACAGAGGACCAAUCCCCAGAUUGAACCCUGAGCAUAAACAUGCUUCUGUCAAAUUCCUGAUUUAAAGAAAAAUAAAAUGAACAUCAAGAUUUCUCUAACCCUGUGUAACAUUUGUGUUGAGUCAUGUGGGCCUGCUAUCAGUAUUUAUAUUCUUAUCAUACAUUGUUACGUGCAUGAAGAGUCUUGUCAAAAAGAUGCUGACAUCUGUGAUCUGCAGAUUUAUUUAAACACACAAUUGUAAUUUACCAAAAGGGACAUUUGCCUUAAAAGAAACAUAAUUAACAUAUUCUAAAUAAAGGAUUUCACACAAAGAAGAGCAGAUGGUCGGCCCGCUUUCAGUGAUGGAACAGAAUAAGAAGAUGCGCUGGUUGCCAGGUUUGUAUGAUACCCCCCUUUUUGAAAUGAGAAAACGUGCCAUUUACAAGCAUAAUAUGAAAUGAGGAAGGGGGUAGAAGAAUUCCACCGGUUUCUUAAUAUAACAUCAAAACAAAAUAGACCUAAUAGACUGCUAUAGAGCAAGUUAGCUGAUACAAAAUACAAAAAACCUUGCCAUUUAACACGAGACGAAUUUAUUUAGGCCUACUGAACAAUUUACACCUAAAUAUAUACCAUGGCUUUUUAUUUUAUUUAUUCCAAAAAGAGCAAAAUAUGAAAACAUUCCGUCUGUUUUUUAAUCUAAUAGCAAAACAAAAUAAUUGGUCUAUCAGAGUAGGUUUGCUGAUAAAAUUAUAAUACAGAACGGAUGGCCAAAGCCAUAAUUGUUAUAAUCGUAAAUGUUUUUGUGAAUGUGUUAUCAUUUAGGAAUAGAAAAUGGACUAUUUGUGUUUUUCUGUUGUUUAUUUUUUUUUAAUAAAUAAUCAUCAAAGUUUACAUUAAUGCCAGUGAAACUACGUAUAUGUACCAAUAUGACGUUUUUUUGUCUAAUCAAACCCAUUUCACACCUUUCGUCAUACUUAAAAAGUUUUAAAAAUUAAAAUUUUGUCAAAAAUGU